GACAGAGAGGCGAAAGAGCAGAAAACUGCUUGUUGUGUCAGCGGCGGCUCCGGCUAGAGGGAGGAAUAAACUGGGAAUCGUGUUUGGCCGUGUUUUCUUAUUUCCCUUUCAGGAAUACUUUUAUUUCCCCUUAAGAAGAUAUGAGACGAGUUGUACGACAGAGCAAAUUCCGUCAUGUCUUUGGCCAGGCGGUGAAGAAUGACCAAUGUUACGAUGACAUUCGGGUCUCAAGGGUCACAUGGGACAGCUCCUUCUGUGCAGUCAACCCCAAGUUUGUUGCCAUAAUUAUCGAGGCCAGCGGUGGCGGAGCUUUUCUUGUUCUCCCUCUUCAUAAGUCGGGACGCAUUGACAAAUCCUACCCAACAGUAUGUGGUCACACAGGCCCUGUGUUAGACAUCGACUGGUGCCCCCACAAUGACCAAGUAAUUGCAAGCGGCUCCGAGGACUGCACAGUGAUGGUAUGGCAGAUUCCUGAGAAUGGCCUUGUGUCAUCGAUGUCUGAACCAGUGGUGGUUCUGGAAGGCCACUCAAAGCGUGUGGGAAUCAUCACGUGGCAUCCAACAGCACGUAACGUCCUUCUUAGUGCCGGUUGUGACAACCAGAUAAUCAUCUGGAAUGUGGGCACAGGAGAGGCUAUGAUCUCCUUGGAGGACAUGCAUCCAGAUGUCAUUUAUAAUGUUAGCUGGAACCGCAAUGGUAGCCUUAUCUGUACCUCCUGCAAGGAUAAGGCAAUCCGUGUCAUUGAUCCCCGCAAGGAGACCAUUGUUGCCGAAAAGGAGAAGGCGCAUGAGGGUGCUCGACCCAUGAGAGCCAUUUUCCUGUCUGAUGGCAACAUCCUCACCACCGGCUUCAGCCGCAUGAGUGAGAGACAGCUGGCUCUCUGGAACACGCAAAACAUGGAGGAGCCAAUGACUGUCAAUGAGAUGGACACGAGCAAUGGAGUACUGCUGCCCUUCUAUGAUCCAGACACCAAUGUUGUUUACCUCUGUGGGAAGGGGGACAGCAGCAUUCGUUACUUUGAGAUCACAGAUGAGGCUCCAUACGUUCACUUCCUCAACACCUUUGUCACCAAGGAGCCUCAGAGGGGUAUGGGCUACAUGCCCAAGAGAGGCCUUGAUGUCAAUAAGUGUGAAAUUGCAAGGUUCUAUAAACUGCAUGAAAGAAAGUGUGAGCCUAUUGUAAUGACUGUACCAAGAAAGUCGGACCUGUUCCAGGACGACUUGUACCCAGACACAGCAGGACCAGACCCUGCCCUGGAGGCAGAGGAAUGGUUCGAGGGGAAGAAUGGAGACCCAAUCCUCAUAUCCCUAAAGAACGGCUAUGUCCCUGGCAAGAACCGAGAGUUCAAAGUGGUCAAGAAGAACAUUCUGGACAGCAAGGUCAACAAGAACGCGGAGAACUCCAGCCCUGCCAACAAGUCUGCUUCUUCAACUCCAUCAAUUAAAUCUGAAGCAAAGAUGGAGGAGAUCUUGAAAGAAAUCAAAUCCCUCAAGGACCUGAUCAGCAGUCAGGAGAAGCGAAUCAUCAAACUUGAAGAACAGAUGUCCAAAGUUGCCAUUUAAGGACCCUUUAUCCCCCCCCCCCAGCCCACUCCCCAAUACCAUUACAAUCCAGGACAUUCCUUUAGCUGAGGGGUAAGCGGGAACAACAAUCGUCUGUUUCUGACAGCGUUUGGUCCUGGCAACCAACAAUCCCCAGCAACAUUCCAGAUGAACUUUUUCUUUACAAAAUCCCAACCCUCAGUUAAACACAGGUGGAAUAAGAAGGAAUUGGUUAAUUUAGCAGAAAAUAUUUUUGUUUUUUGGCAUCAAAGAACAUUCCUUUUAUUCUGUCAGUCUUUUAUUUCACCUAGUUAUAUUAAAAAAAGGUCUUAAUUCGUCCAAUUUCUGACUGACCAAAACAGUUCCAGUUUUCUCUAAUGUCUAUACAUGUUUAAGUAGGUGCCAGUGUUUCAUCUUAGCACGUCACAAAGCAAAAAUGUUGCCAAAUUUAAAUUGUUUACGCCUCCUGAACAGUAUUUUUGUUUUGUUUUUCUGUGAGACUGUUUCAAACACAAACAGUGAAGCUUGGUGAAGUAGACUGUUUAUAUAAAGAGGAGAAUUUAAUCAUUUCACUUCUAUAAAAAACUACAGGUAAAGUAACCUCAGUAAAAACCAUGACAGACAUGUCAGGUGUGUUCAAAGAAAAUACAUUCCAGUUUUCCCAUCAACACUGAACAAUCUCUAGACAAUCUUCCAAAUCACAAAGGUUUUUAUUAGUUGAAUCUGAACGAAUCCAUUCCUUCCUUGUGCUUUUUCUUAACUCGGCACAAAAAACUAUUUGUGGAGAUGCAUACCUUUUCCCUUUGAUACCUGAACACGCUCUCUGAAAUUAUUGCAGAAAAGGACAUUCCACUGAUCUUAUUGACUUUUCAAGAAAGGACCAAGAAAAACCCUCCAGCUUCCUCUCUCUGUAAUCAGUCUGCUGUAGGGACUCUGAUGCUGGCCGCUCAGUUUUUGCAUUGUGUGCCUCACAUGGGAAGAACAACCUGAGCAUUUUUGUUUCCAUCAUGGUUUUUUCCCCGCAGGAAUCUGAGCUUCCAAAGUCAGAGUUUGUUGUAAAUGGUCUUGCUAAACCCAUGUGUAGUUGGUUCUAGUAAUUUUUGUUUUUUUUUUCGUGGAGGGGGGGUGGUAUUUUCCUCACUUUUUUGUUUAUCCGUAAACCCAAAUCUGUGUGUUCAGUACAGAUGAAAUGCCAUCAAAUAACACACUGAUUUGAUUAUUUUAGAGCCUCUUAUGAUAAAGCUGUAUAUUAUGAAAGAAGCUGUUGAUGAUGGAAGUUAUAAGCCUGAGAAGAAGCACAUGCCUCGUGUCUUUGAGCUCCUUAGUGUCAGUUUGAAUAUUUCUGCUUUGUUAUCAGUUCAAGCUAUAACGAUGGUUCAAGACCUGCCUAAGAUUAAGGAAAACAGAACCGUUCAGACACCACUUACCUUUUUUUUCUUUUCUUUUUUUAUCCCGUUUCUUGUUCCAGCUGUGCUUGUAUCCCUCUCAGCACUUCCACUUUUAGAUCCUGAGACUUUCUAAAUCAGUGUAGUUGUUCCAGAUUCCAGAACCAUUGGGUUGUCUCACUGGAGUUGUUGUCGUGCUCCAACAGAAGCUCUAUCUUUUUUUUCUUUUUUGUUCCCGUGAGGUUUUAGAUUUGUUUCCCUGUGGGAAGCUGAGAUGAAUUAAUGGUUCAGUCUGUUGUUUGCCUUCGUUAGUCAACACUGUACAGACCUGAAAGUGCCAUAGAGGAACCCUGAAAGUGUGCUGGAGGAUGUGUAGCGAAUGGAGGGUUUGAAAGGUGCCUGGAUUUAAAGCCACUUUUAGGUGCUAUACUUUAUACUCACACCCUGUUCCUAAAGUGCUGUUUGUCACCAAGCUGGAUGACUCCAUGAAGUCCUGCCAGUCAUUCUGACGCUUACACCAGGCAGCAUUAUCGCUCUGUCUAAUCCAAGCAUUGAGCCACUGACAUGCUGACAUUUUUAUUCUUGGUACGGGUAUAAAAAUCGCUUUUUAAACUGAUUUCAAGCCAAGAAUUUACCGGCUGUAACAUGGCCUUAGAAGUCAGUGGCCAUCAAGGUGCACUUUGAGCAGAGUGUUGUGCAUUAACAGGAUAUCUAAUGAGGCUGCCACCUUGUAGAUUUAAUUACAUGGUUGGCACAAGAACUUUAGUAUCUAACAGCAAUUUAAAGGGACACUAUAGGUGGAAGUGGCGCUGGAAGAUAGGUGUAUGUUUGUAAUUGGGGAUUAGGAAAAUGAGUGAAAGCUGUGUAAAUAUGAUCAGGAAUCAUUUGGGGUUUUAUUUGUUUUUUUGUGGAUGUGCUGAAGAGGGUGUUUGUAUGGGUGAUGGGUUUUAAACGUCCCCUCCCCCCCCUUGUUUGUGUCCCUUGUACCUUGCCAUACCACCAUAUCAAAAAAGCAGAACCUCCAUUGCAUACGAGAAUCGAGAAACUAGAUCAGACAAGAACCAACCAGGAUUAAAGCCUCGGUGAGGUCUG